AUGUUCACAGCCAAGGCCUGGAACAGCUCGUCAGUGACCGAGUUCAUCCUCCUGGGAUUUGCAGACCAUCCAGAGCUCCAGGCCUUCCUCUUUGUCACCUUCCUGGGCAUCUAUCUUGUGACGCUGGCCUGGAACCUGGCCCUCGUCUUUCUGAUCAGAGGUGACACCCAUCUGCACACACCCAUGUACUUCUUCCUCAGCAAUUUGUCCUUCAUCGACAUCAGCUACUCCUCCACAGUGGCUCCCAAGAUGCUCACCGACUUCUUCCAGGCACAGAAGACCAUACCAUUCUGGGGAUGUGCUGCUCAGUUUUUUUUCUUCAUCGGCCUGGGCCUAACUGAGUGCUUCCUCCUGACUGCUAUGGCGUACGACCGAUAUGCAGCCAUCUCCAGCCCCCUGCUCUAUGCUGCCAUCAUGUCCCAGGGCCUCUGUGCACGCAUGGUGUUGGGGGCGUAUGUUGGUGGCUUCCUCAGCUCCCUGGUCCAGGCCAGCUCUAUAUUUCGGCUCCACUUCUGCGGUCCCAACGUCAUCAACCACUUCUUCUGCGACCUCCCACCAGUCCUGGCACUCUCGUGCUCUGACAUCUUCCUCAGUCAAGUAGUGAAUUUCCUCGUGGUGGCCACCGUUGGGGGCACAUCAUCCCUCAUCCUCCUCGUCUCCUACGGUUACAUUGCGGCUGCCGUCUUGAAGAUCCGCUCAGCGGAGGGUCGGAGGAAAGCCUUCAACACGUGUGCCGCGCACCUGAUGGUGGUGGCUCUGUUGUUCGGGACGGCCCUCUUCAUGUACCUGCGUCCCAGCUCCAGUUACUCGCUUGGCAGGGACAAGGUGGUGUCUGUGUUCUACACGCUGGUGACCCCCAUGCUGAAUCCUCUCAUCUACAGCUGGAGGAACAAAGAGAUCAAGGAGGCCCUGGGGAAGGUGCUAGAGAGGAAGAAAGCGUUUUCCCAGUUCCGGAGUAAGAGCAUCUCUAGCCAAACCACCUGA